UUACGUCACUGUCGAAGACUCUGCUUGCGGGUUUCUGUUGAAGGCGGAGCACUCUCGUCCGUCCGCUGCAAACGCGUUUUUCACACGGUAACGUUAGAGUCGCGUGAGCCGAGCGGAACGGUGAACGAGAUACGAGUCCGAUGAGCAGCUCGAAAUCCUCGUUUGACCUGCAUGCGAUCUACACUAUAUGUUGGGGAAAGGCCUGAAACGGAAGCUGGAGCAGGAGGAAGAGCACGAGGUGAUGAGCUGCUACUGGCUCCAGCGGCAGACCGUGCUCAACCUCUCGCUGCUGAAGCUGCACAGCCGUCCGGGACACUCAGACCCCGGCCUGGCCCGCAGGGUGCUCAUCACCAACACACUCCGGCACAUCCAGGACGAGCUGAGAGGCGAGGGCGGCCCUGUUCCCGGGUCUCCACUGGCUGUUGUUGACGGGUGUCGGGAACGCCCGGCGGAGUCCCAUAGUGAGGGCAGUUUGACGCCUGUGUCACGUUUGGAGGAGGACAGACAUCUGCUUCUCUGUCUGUCUCCGCCCACUUCCAGACAGCAACCCCCAUCAUCCUCUGUUAUUAAAGACAGCUUCACCUCAGCACUGGCUGAAAUUGAAGAUCUGUGCCCGACUGUGGGAAUAACCACUUUAUUUACUACAGAGACGGGCCGCUCGAUCACGUCAGACCCAAACCCCAGACAAACAGACCCCGGUCUUUCUGAAAUGAACAGCAGUACGGACUCAGUGUCAUCUCUCUCUGACUCUGCCCUUUCAGUGUUUGGCCACACCCCCUCGCUUCUCACGGACUUCUCAUUGGACGAUUUCCUGUUCACGGAAAUAGACAGCUUGCUGUUCGACAACAUCCCCUACGGUUCGUCCCUGAGCGCGAGCUCGGGCGCGUCAAAGGUCGUUUCCAUGGUAACAGACGACCUCGUAAAGACGCUCACUGGUUACAGUAACGGCGGCACGAGCCAAUCAGGGCUUUCCUCUAAUCAGACUUUCAAACUCGAUCUGAGCGAACUGGAUCACAUCAUGGAGGUUUUGGUCGGGUCGUAAUUUGAUGCAUCUUUAAAUUGGUAUUUAAUAUUAAGGUCAAUUUUGGCAAAUGUUUAUGGUUUCAAAAAGGGUUCUGUGGAAAAGUGUUUGUAUAUUUAUUUUGAUACAGUAACAAAGGAUGCAUGAUAUAAUGUAAUAUAUUGCAGCAAUUUUAUAAUGUUAUAGAAUACUAUUUUCUCCUGUGGAAUAACAUAUGAAUAACGUUAUUUUAGUAUUUAAAUUUUUUAAUAAAAAAAAUAAAUAAGAUAAAAUUGCUUUUAGUUUGUUCUUUUAAAACAGAUGAAUUGCAAACAGACAUGAAUGAAGACAGUAACGUGAUUUAACACAAAACAAAACAGCAUUUUCUCUUAAAUUAUUUUAAUUUCUUGUGUACACUUAAAGAAAAUUUACACACUCGUUUUUUUUUUGUUUGUUUGUUUUUUCAAAGAACCCAGGCAUGCGCGGUUGACCUCGGUACAGGCUCUUUAGAGAUAUCAUUCAUCAUUAUGAGUUUUCCAUAGGAAUUCUCCCAUAACAAUUUGUACAUGUUCCAUAGUUUGACUGUACACAGUCUGAAGCCACAGUUAACUAUGUAAGCAGUUCUUCUGUAUAUCUUUACAAUGUGCAAAAUCCUCCAGGAGACAGAAUAAACAGUGACACAACUGGGAGAAAAAAAAAAAAA